AUGGAGCUCGGCACCAAUGCGAAUGAAAUUUUGGAGCUCGAGGAGCAAGUCGGCUCCCUUACUCUCGAGCGCACUGUCCGCAUCAUCACCGAGCUGGUCCAGAUGCACAAGGGAGACCCGAACUUCUCUUACGAAAUGUAUGACAAGAUGGAAACUUUCAUCGCGGACCCCUCCAUAGUAGCCUCUCCAGACAAGCAUGCGGACCUCAUCUACGCCAUGAAACUCGAGGCAAUUCUUGCCACGGAGAACUCUCCAUAUCCGGAAGUCCGGGCAAAUGUGGAUCCCGUUGACGACCCUGACCUGCCUUGCUCUACGGUGAGAGCCUGGUCUAUGGGGAUCGUCUUUUCGGUGUUUGGUACUUUCAUCGACACCCUGUUCGCUUUCCGAUACCCAGGUAUCAGCAUUGGAGUCAACGUGGCGCAGCUGGUGGCCUACCCCAUUGGCUGCUUCUUCGCUCGGGUACUACCAGACUGGCGGGUCAGCGUUUUCGGCUCUGAAAUUUCCCUCAACCCUGGUCCUUUUAACCGUAAGGAACACAUGCUCAUCACCAUCAUGGCAAACGUCUCGUUCGGGGCGCCUUACACGUUCUAUAUCAUCCCGGUGCAAGCCAUGCCGCAGUACUUCAACAUGCCCUUUGCGAAGCGACCAGGUUACCAGAUCUGCAUUUCGCUCGCGGUCAACCUCUUUGGCUACGGAAUGGCUGGAAUUCUGCGAAGAUUCCUCGUGUGGCCAUCCAUCGCCAUCUGGCCUUCGUCGCUGAGUACAAUCGCCCUGAUCAAGGCCUUCCACGAGGGUAGCAAUGAGCCCGUCCAAGGACCUUUUAAACGACUUUACAGAGCCUCUAGAGAGAAGAUCUUCCUUGUCGGGACAGCCGGAAUGUUCUGCUAUUGGCUCUUCCCUGGCUAUAUUUUCGGCGCCCUUUCGAUCUUCUCGUGGAUGACAUGGAUUGCGCCAAACAACGUUACGCUCGAUGCCAUCUGCGGUAUCCAGGGAGGUCUAGGCCUGAACCCCUGGCCGACCUUCGACUGGAAUAUAUUUGGAGGUUCAGGUUUGUAUUUGCCAACCUUUGCCGUCGUGAAUCAGUGCAUCGGUAUCGUCGUUGCCGCGCUUAUGAUCAUUGGAGUUUGGUUCUCGAACGCGUGGAACACCGGAUAUCUCCCUAUCAACUCGAACGGGCCUUUCGAUGACACCGGAAACCGGUACAAUGCGACACGGGUAUUGGACAGCGAUGGCGCGCUGAAUGAGGAGCUAUAUCAAGACUACUCGCAGCCCUGGUUCUCUGCUGGAUAUAUCGUCUACAACAUUUUCGCCUUUGCUCAAUACACGGCGUGCUUUACCUAUGUGUGGAUGUUCCACUCCUCCACCAUCAAGACUGGACUGAAGGGGAUUUACCGAAAUGUUUUCAAAAAGGGACAAGAGGAGGAACUCGAAGAGGAUGUGCAUUUCCGACUGAUGCAGGCCUAUAGAGAUGCGCCAGAUUGGUGGUAUGUCGUACUGCUCAUCGUCCCCUUCUUCUUUGGCAUUGCCGCAGUCGCCGCGUAUCCCACCCACGCGUCUGUGGGCGCUCUCUUCUACGGUAUUUUGAUUCCGGUGGUCUUCAUUAUUCCCAUCGGAGUCAUUCAAGCCGUCACUGGUAUUUCGGUCGCGCUCAAUAUCAUCGGUGACAUCCUUGGGGGACUGAUUAAUGCCGGUCAUCCCAACGGUCUCAUGUACUUCAAGUGUUGGGCAUACCUCUCUUCGUGGCAAGCUCUUAGCUUUGCCAACGAUUUGAAAUUGGCUCACUAUCAGAAGAUUCCACCUCGAGUCACUUUCAUGGCCCAGAUUGUCGCUACUUUCAUCUUCUCGGUUGUUUCAGCGCUCGAAUUCAACUUUAUCAUGGGACUACGAGACGUAUGCACCCCUGACGCGGCUUUCCGAUUCACUUGCCCGUACCAAACGAGUUUCUUUACCGCCACCAUCUUCUGGGGAGUCAUUGGUCCCAAAAAACUUUUCGGCCCCGGCCAACGAUACAACAUGAUGCUGCUCGGUUUCCCCCUCGGUCUGGUCCUCGUACUGAUCUACUGGGGUCUCUUGAAGGCUUUCCCAAAGAAGAAAUGGAUCCGAAACUUCCACCCUGUCAUGCUCAUCACCGGCCCCGUCGGCUACGGUGCGCCAUACAAUUUGGCUUUCAAUUUGGGUAACCUUUACGUCAACUUGCUGUCCUUCCAAUAUAUUCGAAAGCACUACCUAGCAUUCUGGGCCAAGUGGAACUAUGUCAUCUCUGCCGCGUUCUCCUGCGGUAUCGCUCUUUGCGGAUUGUUUAUUUUCUUCGCAUUGGAGAUUCCCAAGAGUGGCACUUUGGCAUUCCCCACCUGGUGGGGCAACACGGUAACUGGCUUGGGCUGCGAAGGCGACUAUGGCUGCCCAAGGCUCGUGCUCGCUGAAGGCGGGCACUUUGGCGCUGGACAGGGCCAGUAUCAGUGA